AUAGAAUUAGGACGUCCAUUUUAAAAAAUUAGUAAGUUCUGUAGACAAACUAGCCUUUUGAGAGUGGUGGACAAUCCUGAGUGUGUGUGGCUUACCCUGUACGGCAUGAGCUAACCUACAUCUGACCUAGUUAAAUCCCUCCACAGCACUCUUUCCUGCUCUUCUGAACAGCCCAUGUGUGCACGAUGCCCCACAAGAUCAGAUUUGUAGUGGUCAGCUCCUCUGGACAUGAAGAUGGCUUCAGUGCCCGGGAACUGAUGAUCCACGCUCCGACUGUCAGUGGGUGGAGGUCACCAAAGUUCUGCCAGUUCCCACAGGAGAUUGUUCUCCAGAUGGUGGAGAGGUGUCGGAUAAGGAAGCUGCAGCUGCUUGCGCACCAAUACAUGAUCUCCAGCAAGGUGGAGUUCUACAUCAGUGAGAGCCUGCCCGAGUACUUGGUGCCCUACCAAGCAGAGCGCUUCCGCAGGCUGGGCUACGUCUCUCUCUGUGAUAAUGAAAAGACAGGCUGCAAAGCCCGGGAACUCAAGUCUGUCUAUGUGGAUGCCGUGGGGCAGUUUCUUAAACUGAUUUUUCACCAAAACCAUGCCAACAAGUACAACAUACAUAAUCAGGUGGCUUUGGUUGCAAUAAAUAUCAUUGGAGACCCUGCAGAUUUUGGAGAUGAAAACAAUAUUACCUCUAGGGAGAAGCUGAUUGACCAUUACCUGGGCCACAGUCCCCACAAUCCUGAGGACCCGGCCCUAGAAGGAACUUUUGCUGGGAGAUCUGACUAUAUCUCGCCACUGGACGACUUGGCGUUUGACAUGUACCAAGACCCCGAAGUUGCCCAGAUCAUCCGCAGGCUGGAUGAGCGGAAACGGGAAGCUGUCAAGAAGGAGCGCUAUGACCAUGCAAAGAAGCUGAAGCAAGCAAUCGCUGACUUACAGAAGGUCGGUGAGCGCCUAGGGCGCUAUGAGGUGGAGAAGCGCUGUGCAGUGGAGAAAGAAGACUACGAUCUGGCCAAGGAAAAGAAACAGCAGAUGGCACGCUACCGCGCCCAGGUGUACGAACAGCUGGAACUGCAUGGCCUCCUGCAGGGCGAGCCAGAGGUGCAGAGGCCUUUCGCUUUGCCCCUCCAGCCCCUUGGGUCUCCCAGCAGUCCUCAACACUGGAAGGCAGUGUCCUCACUCCCACGCACAGAAGAGCUGGUAGCAGAAGACACAUUUGCUGGUCCAGUCCUGCAGGAAAAGCCCUUGGCAUCUUCUCAGCAUUUGGCAGUGGGCCAGUCCCCGCCUGCCGCAGGCCCUGCCCCAAGGAGUCAUGUGGAGGUCCUGCCCUAUGAUGAACGGCCUCUUCCUGUUGCUCGAAAGCAGCUGGGGGAAGCAUGUGCAGAGCCAGAAGUGAGAGAGGCCGACAGCAGUGAUGUCCGGAGGCGGGGCGGCUCAGGAGAGCCAGAGCCCUUGACCGAGAAGGCCUUGAGAGAAGCCAGCUCUGCCAUCGACAUCUUAGGCGAAGCCUUGGUGGCUGGGGCCUAUUCCAAGAUGUGGUCCUGCCGAGAAGAUGCGCUGCUGGCCUUGUACAAGAAGCUGAUGGAGAUGCCUGUUGAGACCCAGAAGGAAGAUUUGAAAAACAUACUCAGAGCUUCUGUCUUUCUUAUCAGAAGAGCCAUAAAGGAUAUCGUGACCUCAGUCUUUCAGGCCUCACUGAAAUUGCUGAAAAUGAUAAUUACACAGUAUAUUCCCAAGCACAAGCUAAGCAAACUCGAAACGACGCACUGUGUAGAAAGAACCGUUCCCCUUCUGCUCACCAGAACCGGGGACUCCUCUGCCCGCCUCCGUGUCAUGGCUUUGAAUUUCAUCCAGGAAAUGGCCUUGUUUAAGGAGGUGAAGUCCCUGCAGCUCGUUCCGUCUUACUUGGUGCAGCCACUGAAGGCCAACGCCUCCGUUCACCUGGCAGUGAGCCAGGCGGACCUCCUGGCCCGGCUGCUGAGAGACCUGGGCACGGGGGGCUCAGGUUUCACCGUGGACAGUGUGAUGAAGUUUGCAGUGAGCGCCCUGGGGCACCGGGCGUACGAGGUGCGAGAGACAGCCGUCAGGAUCAUCCUGGACAUGUACAAGCAGCACCCUGCACCCACCCUGGACCACCUUCCUCCAGACGACAGCAGCACGCGCAGGGACCUCCUCUACAAAGCCAUCUUUGAGGGGUUUGCUAAGAUAGAUGGCAAGCCAACUGAGGCUGAGGUCACGGCCCAGAAAAGAGCGGCCAUGAGAGAAGCAGAAAAGCAAAAGCAGGAAGAGAUGAAGGCGCUGCAGGGCCAGCUGGCAGCACUUAGAGAGGCCCAGGCUGCGGUCCAGGAGAAAGAGAGUGAUGCUGCGCAGCUCCAGAAUCAAGAUCCUCAAGGAAGGAAAGCUGUCCCACCCGAUACUCCGGAAGUCCCAGAUAACCACUAUUUGUAUAAUCUGUGCAUCUUUUGUGGGGAGAGGAAUGAGUCCUUCACAGAAGAGGGCCUGGACCUCCACUACUGGAAAUACUGCCUCAUGCUGACGAGAUGCGAUCACUGCAGGCAGGUGGUUGAGAUAUCUAGCCUGACGGAGCACCUGCUGACAGAGUGUGACAGAAGGGAUGAGUUUGGGAAGUGCCACCGCUGCAGCGAGGCUGUUCCCAAGGAGGAGCUUCCCAGGCACAUCAAGACUAGGGAAUGUAACCCUGCCAAAUCGGAGAAAGUGGCAAACCGCUGUCCUCUGUGUCAUGAGAACUUUGCCCCUGGAGAAGAGGCAUGGAAGGUUCACUUGAUGGGGCCCAAUGGCUGCACAAUGAACCUGCGCAAAACACACGUUCUCUACAAGGCUGUAGCCCCUCAGCAAGGAAAAGGCGCAGCAGCAGCAGCAGCAAAGUCAGGUACCAAGGUUGGAAGCAAGAUCCCCACCCCAAAGGGGGGCCUGAGUCAGAGCUCCAGCAGGACAUACAGGAGGCGGUGACAGAGUUUCCACUUUGUCCCUGCCCAGGGGCUUUGCAAGUUUCCCCAUUUUAAGCCAUGUGUGUUGGCGUGGUGAUGCAGGGCUCGGUACCUACCGUCCCUUGGCCUCUUGUGUCCCAGUGUCUACUCUCACAGGAACAGUGUAAGGAUAUGACCAAAGACCCUUCCCAAGCUGGGCCUGAAGUGCUCAGGCAGGAAGUGCAUCUUGCUCAGGAAGCCAGCAAGCAUAGCACCCACUUUCCUUACUACUGAGGAGCUGUUCCCCAGACUUUGAACUCAUUGGUGUCUGUUGUGCACAGUAGGUUUGGCAGCCUCAGAGGACAGCAGCAAACCAUGCUGAGCCGUCUCUCUCAUGGGUCUGUCUGCUACAUUGUCACGCCAUAUACAGCAACAAGCAAUAAAGUAAAGCAAGCAAAAGGCCGCCAUCCUGAGGACAGGCCCCUCCAGCACACACUUUGCCUGAUGCUCCUGGGCACUCCUGACAGCCCUACCUGGCCACCCUCCCUCAGGGGCCUCAGGCUCUCUGCUGCAGAGUCCAGAAUGGGCGCUGGAUGGUGUCCCCUGGUUACCCUGACUCCCCUGACACGGCCCACCUACAAGCCUCCGUCUUCUUUAUGGCAAGAUGAGCACCUUCCACAUUUCCCAACCCACAAAGACAAGUCCCACACACCUUGCUGGCCCAGGGCCUCUGAGUCAGUUCUGUCACACUCUUUGUGAUAUAACCAAAUCCACCUUUCCAAAUCACGCACAGUAUGUCACAAGUGCUUCACUGAA